AUGCUGCGUUGCACGCUCUGUCGUCAUGCGUUGCCGAAGAUUGAGCGGCGCAAACGGAAGGGACAACAUGCUCGGCCGGGACUUCCAGAUCUUCCAAAGAGUGCUGGCGGCUACUUCUUCCUGCAGAUGCGUCCCUACCUCCCCAUAGCGUGGCAGUAUGGAUGGCGUUGGAGAAUGCUCCAGGGCCUGUGGCUUGGCACGGCCCUUUCUUUUGCGGGUUAUUUGUUGUACGUCAUGUACUUCCGGGACUCGGAUGAGGUCAUUGCGGCCAAGGCGGCCAAGUAUACAUAUGUGCGAAACGAACGGGGAGAGGUGAUUGACAUCGGCUACAAACCGCUCAUUGAUGCAAGUCGUCGUGCACAACGACGAGCCCAGCGUUUGUUGGCUGAUGAUGACGAUGGGGAUUGA